GUCACAAGGUGAAAGCAACAAAUAGCAGCAGUAGAUUCUGCCCAAUUAGGACAGCGCUUUGUUUUUAAUAUGUAACCUCUCUAAUCUCCAAAAAUGCAUCCCAUAUUUGGUGGAUAAACAACCUUUAUUAAUGGAGAGAGUGCUGCUGUCAGCUACGGGGCUCGUUGCUUUAUUUGAUUGAAGGUUGAGAGUCAAAGGUUGAAAAUGGGUGACGCUGCCAUGAGAGAGUUUGGACCGGCUGCUCCUUUUCUAAGAAAGUCAGACAAGGAGCGUUUGGAAGCCCAGACUCGUAUAUUUGACAUAAAGAAGGAGUGCUUUGUUCCUGACCCAGAGGUUGAGUUUGUCAAAGCUUCCAUCAUCAGUCGGGAUGGUGACAAAGUCACCGCUGAAACGGAGUUUGGAAAGACUGUGACAGUGAAGGAGUGUGACGUACACCCUCAAAACCCGCCAAAGUUUGAUAAAAUUGAAGACAUGGCGAUGUUCACCUUCCUCCAUGAGCCUGCUGUGCUGUUUAACCUCAAAGAGCGUUAUGCAGCAUGGAUGAUCUAUACCUACUCUGGGCUCUUCUGUGUGACUGUCAACCCAUACAAGUGGCUGCCAGUCUACAACCAAGAGGUGGUUGUUGCCUAUAGAGGAAAGAAGAGGUCUGAAGCUCCUCCUCAUAUCUUCUCCAUCUCUGACAAUGCCUACCAGUACAUGCUGUCAGACCGAGAAAACCAGUCAAUCCUUAUCACUGGAGAAUCCGGUGCUGGAAAGACUGUCAACACCAAGCGUGUCAUUCAGUACUUUGCCAGCAUCGCUGCUGCUCCGAAUGUGAAGAAAGAUCAGGCUGCUGAAAAGAAAGGUACGCUGGAGGAUCAAAUCAUCCAGGCUAACCCUGCUUUGGAGGCCUUCGGGAAUGCCAAGACCAUCAGGAAUGACAACUCCUCUAGAUUUGGUAAAUUUAUACGCAUUCAUUUUGAUAACCGUGGGAAGCUGGCAUCUGCUGAUAUUGAAACUUACCUUUUGGAAAAGUCUCGUGUGACCUAUCAAUUAAAAGCUGAGAGGGACUACCACAUUUUCUACCAGAUCCUGUCUCAGGCAAAGCCUGAACUUCUGGAAAUGUUGCUUAUCACCAACAACCCUUACGACUACGCCUUCAUCUCCCAAGGAGAGACAACAGUAGCCUCUAUCAAUGAUUCUGAAGAGCUGAUGGCCACUGAUCUCGACACCAAGCAGCCUCGCCAGUAUUUCAUUGGUGUACUGGACAUUGCUGGAUUUGAGAUCUUUGAUUUCAACACCUUUGAGCAGCUGUGCAUCAACUUCACCAAUGAAAAACUGCAACAGUUUUUCAACCACCACAUGUUUGUGCUGGAGCAGGAAGAGUACAAGAAAGAGGGCAUUGAAUGGACUUUUAUAGAUUUUGGUAUGGAUUUGCAAGCCUGCAUUGACCUGAUUGAAAAGCCCAUGGGUAUCAUGUCCAUCCUUGAAGAGGAGUGCAUGUUCCCCAAAGCCUCUGAUACCACCUUUAAAACUAAGCUCUAUGACAACCAUCUGGGGAAAUCUGCCAACUUCCAGAAGCCCAGAGUUAUCAAAGGGAGACCAGAGGCCCAUUUCUCCCUGGUUCACUAUGCUGGAACUGUUGAUUAUAAUAUCAACAACUGGCUGGUGAAGAACAAAGAUCCUCUGAAUGAGACCGUUGUAGGACUCUACCAGAAGUCUAAUCUCAAGCUGCUAUCUGUCCUCUUUGCAAAUUAUGCUGGAUCAGAAGCAGUAGCUGAAGGUGGAAAGGGCGGCAAAGGAGGAGGAAGCAAAAAGAAGGGUUCAUCCUUCCAAACAGUGUCUGCCUUGCACAGGGAGAACCUGAACAAGCUGAUGACUAACCUGAGGUCAACUCACCCUCACUUUGUUCGCUGCAUCAUCCCCAAUGAGACCAAGACUCCUGGGGCCAUGGAGAACCCUCUGGUGAUGCACCAGCUGCGCUGUAACGGUGUACUGGAAGGCAUCAGAAUCUGCAGAAAGGGCUUCCCCAACAGGAUCCUCUAUGGAGAUUUCAAACAGAGAUACCGCAUUUUGAACCCAAAUGCUAUUCCUGAGGGACAGUUCAUUGAUAACAAAAAAGCUUCAGAGAAGCUUUUGGGCUCCUUGGAUUUAGACCAUAACCAGUACAAACUGGGGCACACCAAAGUGUUCUUCAAAGCUGGACUGCUUGGUCUGCUGGAGGAAAUGCGUGAUGACCGCUUAUCUCUAAUUAUCACUAGGAUCCAGGCAAGGUCACGAGGUGUUCUAGCAAGAAUUGAAUUCCAGAAGAUUGUAGAACGCAGGGAUGCAUUACUUGUGAUCCAGUGGAACAUCCGUGCUUUUAUGGGGGUCAAGAAUUGGCCAUGGAUGAAGAUGUUCUUUAAGAUUAAACCUCUUUUGAGAUCGGCAGAGACUGAGAAGGAAAUGGCCAAUAUGAAGGAAGAGUUUGGCAAACUUAAAGAGGCUUACGCAAAAUCUGAGGCCCGCAGGAAGGAACUUGAAGAAAAAACGGUCACUCUUCUUCAAGAGAAGAAUGAUCUGCAGCUCCAAGUUCAAUCUGAGCAAGAUAAUCUUUGUGAUGCUGAAGAAAGAUGUGAGGGGCUGAUCAAAAACAAGAUUCAGCUGGAGGCAAAAGCCAAAGAGUUGACAGAAAGACUGGAGGAUGAGGAGGAGAUGAAUGCUGAACUGACUGCUAAGAAGAGGAAGCUGGAGGAUGAGUGCUCUGAGCUUAAGAAAGACAUUGAUGACUUAGAGUUAACUCUGGCUAAAGUGGAGAAAGAGAAGCACGCCACAGAGAACAAGGUGAAGAACCUGGUCGAAGAGAUGGCUGCUCUGGAUGAAAUCAUAGCUAAGUUGACCAAAGAAAAGAAAGCCUUACAGGAAGCACAUCAGCAAACACUGGAUGAUCUCCAGAGUGAAGAAGACAAAGUCAACACUCUUACUAAGGCCAAGACUAAGUUGGAGCAACAAGUGGAUGAUCUUGAAGGCUCCCUUGAGCAAGAGAAGAAAGUGCGUAUGGACCUUGAGAGAGCAAAACGGAAGCUUGAGGGAGACCUAAAGUUAGCUCUAGAGAGUGUGAUGGACUUGGAAAAUGACAAGCAGCAACUCGAAGAGAGACUGAAAAAGAAAGAUUUUGAAAUCAGCCAACUCAAUGGGAAAAUUGAAGACGAACAAGCAAUGAGUGCUCAGCUCCAAAAAAAAUUGAAGGAGUUACAGGCCCGCAUUGAGGAGCUGGAAGAAGAGCUUGAGGCAGAGCGAGCUGCCCGAGCCAAAGUGGAGAAACAGAGAGCAGACUUGGCCAGAGAGCUGGAGGAGAUCAGUGAGAGGCUGGAGGAGGCUGGUGGAGCAACAUCUGCCCAGAUUGAAAUGAAUAAGAAGAGGGAGGCUGAUUUCCUGAAACUCCGCAGAGACCUUGAAGAGGCCACUUUGCAGCAUGAAGCCACUGCUGCCACACUCAGGAAGAAACAAGCUGACAGUGUGGCUGACUUGGGAGAGCAGAUUGAUAACCUGCAGAGAGUCAAGCAGAAACUGGAGAAGGAGAAGAGCGAGCUCAGACUGGAGCUGGAUGAUGUGGUCUCCAAUAUGGAAAAUAUUGUGAAGGCUAAGAAUAAUUUGGAGAAAAUGUGCAGGUCUCUGGAAGACCAGAUGAAUGAAUACAAAACAAAGGCAGAAGAGGGACAGCGUACUAUCAAUGACUUCACCAUGCAGAAAGCAAAGCUUCAAACUGAGAAUGGUGAAUUUGUAAGGCGGCUUGAGGAAAAGGAUUCCUUGGUGUCCCAACUUACCAGAGGAAAACAGUCCUAUACUCAACAAAUUGAAGACCUUAAAAGACAACUAGAAGAGGAAGUCAAGGCCAAGAAUGCUUUAGCCCAUGCAGUGCAGUCUGCUCGACAUGACUGUGACCUUCUCAGGGAGCAGUAUGAGGAGGAGCAGGAGGCCAAGGGUGAAUUGCAGCGCAACAUGUCCAAGGCCAACUCUGAAGUGGCUCAGUGGAGAACCAAGUACGAAACUGAUGCUAUCCAGAGAACUGAGGAACUGGAGGAGGCCAAGAAAAAGCUGGCUCAGCGUCUGCAGGAUGCUGAGGAGGCUGUGGAAGCAGUGAAUGCUAAAUGCUCAUCUCUGGAGAAGACCAAACACAGGCUGCAGAAUGAGAUUGAAGAUCUCAUGGUGGAUGUGGAGAGGUCUAAUGCUGCUGCUGCUGUUCUGGACAAGAAGCAAAGAAACUUUGAUAAGGUCUUGGCAGAAUGGAAACAGAAGUAUGAAGAGUCUCAAACAGAGCUGGAGAGCUCUCAGAAGGAAGCCAGGUCUCUAAGCACUGAGCUCUUCAAACUGAAGAACUCUUAUGAAGAAUCUCUUGAACAUCUGGAGACCAUGAAGAGAGAGAAUAAGAAUCUACAGGAUGAAAUAUCUGACCUCACUGAGCAAAUUGGUGAGAAUGGAAAAAGUAUCCAUGAGCUUGAGAAGAUUCGAAAACAGUUAGAACAAGAGAAGUCUGACAUACAAACAGCUCUGGAGGAAGCAGAGGCAUCACUGGAACAUGAGGAAGGGAAGAUUCUAAGAGCCCAGCUUGAGUUCAACCAGAUUAAGGCUGAUCUUGACCGCAAGUUGGCCGAGAAAGAUGAAGAGAUGGAGCAAGCAAAGAGAAAUCAACAGCGAAUUGUGGAUACUCUUCAGAGCUCCCUUGAUGCUGAGACCCGCAGCAGGAAUGAGGCUCUCCGUUUAAAGAAGAAGAUGGAGGGAGACCUCAAUGAGAUGGAGAUCCAGCUAAGCCAGGCCAACAGGCAAGCAGCUGAGGCCCAGAAACAACUUAAAUCUGUUAAUGCACAUCUGAAGGACCUUCAGCUCCAGCUUGAUGAUGCUCUUAGGGCCAAUGAUGAUCUAAAGGAAAACAAUGCCAUAGUUGAGAGACGCAACAACCUUCUUCAGGCUGAAGUGGAGGAGCUCAGGUCUGCUCUGGAGCAAACUGAGAGAGGUCGCAAGCUUGCUGAGCAAGAGCUGCUGGAUGUGAGUGAAAGGGUGCAGCUCCUACACUCACAGAACACCAGCCUGAUAAAUCACAAGAAGAAGCUGGAGGCCGAUACAUCCCAGCUUCAGGCAGAAGUAGAAGAUGCUGUGCAAGAGUGCCGAAAUGUUGAAGAGAAAGCCAAGAAGGCCAUUACAGAUGCUGCCAUGAUGGCAGAGGAGCUGAAGAAAGAGCAGGACACCAGUGCUCACCUGGAGCGUAUGAAGAAGAACAUGGAGCAAACCAUCAAAGACCUGCAGCACCGUCUGGAUGAAGCUGAACAGAUCGCCAUGAAGGGAGGCAAGAAGCAGGUGCAGAAGCUAGAGGCCAGGGUCAGGGAACUUGAAAAUGAGGUGGAAAGUGAACAGAAAAAAGCCAGUGAUGCUGUUAAGGGAGUAAAAAAGUAUGAAAGACGUAUCAAGGAGCUUUCCUAUCAGACAGAAGAAGACCGUAAAAAUCUAGCUCGUCUUCAAGAUUUGGUGGACAAGCUGCAGCUUAAGGUGAAAUCCUAUAAGAAGGCUUCUGAAGAUGCCGAGGAACAGAGCAACAGUUAUCUUACCAAGUUUCGUAAGCUUCAACAUGAGUUUGAUGAAGCAGAAGAAAGAGCUGACAUCGCUGAGUCUCAGGUCAACAAGCUACGUGCCAAGACCAGAGAUGUGGGGUCAAAAAGAGGACUUGAAGAGUGAAGAGUGACGUUUCCUCAAAAACGAUUGUUUCUGAGGCACCUGUUGCUUGGUGUCUCCCUGAGCAUGUGUUGUGUUUAAUAAAUAUCAAUGCAUCUAAAA